GUGCCGGGGCGUCCAUGCGCGAGCGCGGCCGGGCCAUGACGGGCAAGUCGGUGCGCGACGUGGAGCGCUACCAGGCCGUGCUGGGCAGCCUGCUGGGCGAGGACGAGAACAAGUACUGCGCCGACUGCCAGGCCAAAGGAAGUUGAGCAAGAGCUCUGAUGCAGGAAGGAAGAAGAUGCACAACUAAGUAUGACUUGCUGUCCAGAAGAAGAUUGCUCUGUUUACUCACAGUUACUUCAGUCGAGGCAGGUGGGAAAAGAAUAAAAUGCCUUGGAGUUAUAAUAAAGUACGCCCCCCUUCUGCCAGCGGCCCUUGGGGAUCAAAAGUGCCGUGCGUAUUAUUGGCUUCAGGUAACAUGUAGGCUCUGAUCUCAUGCUUACAACAGUGAUAUGAGACCACAGUAGUACGGUGGCGUACUGCAAGUAUAAUGCAAAUCAUUAAGCGUUGGCUCUACUUUGCUUUUCGCAGCCCACCAAUUUGGGGGUUAUGGAGCUGUUCUCCUCUGGCCAGAAUGGCAUCUCGUACAGUAAGUGCUUUGCAGGUAUAAGUCAGCCAUUUAAAAACACCCUGUUUCUGAGGAUUCAUGGUUGUUGGGGGCUGGAAGGCAACGUAUCCAUAAUCUGGCUAUGCUCAAAGCAACGUGGUAGUGCUUAUAUUGUCCCAAAUGAGCUAUGAUCUGCUGUUGUGUCAAGGAAGGAGUCUUACUCGAAAGCUGCCUGUCUCCUUACUAGGCUGCCGGGAUGCUUCCAUAGAAAGAGACUACUUCUAUUCAAGCUGAGGGCCUUCUAGGGACAUGGUUUUGCUUUAACAGAGUUGUAUAGUAUGGUUAUCACGAGCGGACUUGACACUCUGCAGCAGAGAUAACCGAUACAAAAGCUACACAAACUUGGACUACAGGUAAACUGUCAGGGUCAUGAUAAAAUUGUGAUGUGAUAUCAGGAGGGAUGUCUUGAAGUUUGGAUAACAAUACCGAGCUGAACUGCUUUUUGAACUACUCCCUCUGUGAGCUGCUUGCCAACAGUGGCACUUUGGUAAAUGCCUUGUACUAAACUACCAUUGGAUUAACGUGGGGGCUUUGGUGUGUUUCUGGCUCUGAACUUUUGACGACGUGUAGAUGUUGUAUUUGACUCUCUUCCCUCUCCCAAAUUCCUCCCCUCUAUUCUUCCAGUCCCAUCUUUCCCACAGGCUCCUUGGAUCCAGUAUCGCUGAUGGCAGAAUGGCAGGUUCCUUCUCAGGGGGAGUUCCCCAGCGAUGACCCUUCUCCAGCUCUGCUGUGUCCACUCAUCAGCUUAAGGUUGCCCCUGUCAUCAUCGUCCUCCUCCUCCUGGUUUGUCUGAGUACCCCUCUCCUUUGUCUUGUGAGGACUCUACCCUCCGUUCCAUUUGAAAUCCUGCCCCUCCUGUAUAACUCAUUGCCAGCGAGAUGCGAAACCUUACCUUUGCAUUAUUGUUCCUUUCUAACAUAACAUAGAUUGUUUCCAGAGCAGGUCUCAGUUCUCCAUUCUGGGUAUUUGCUUGCUCUUGGUACAGUCGUUCUCACUUCUCUCUUGGGAGGGUUAGCACAUGUUUUAAGCAUCUGUAAGUAACUGAGUCAAUGCACUACACAAAUAAGGAGCCCUCUUACUAGCAGCUAGAAGCUGCACUUCCCUUGCAGUGCCUAUUCUGAAAGAUGCUGUGUUUGUCCUUCUGUCACUUGAACCUGAAUUUAAUUUUUGGAAUCCUGUGCGUCAGAUUUAUCUCCUUGCAUUGGUGGCCGUGCUAUUUGGGCACAUGUCUGUAUCGAGCUCGCUACUAUUCCCCUCCCUGCUCCCCUCCCCAAACUUGCUAAUAGUUUUACUGUAGCAGUGUGUUUCAGGAAAAAAAGUGUGGUUUUUAAGCAUACCCUGCAGCAUUUGCAAUCCAAAUGUGCCAGUACAUGAGGACCGGAAGGAGAAAACAGUGAGCCAUUGCAUAUAUACCGCGCUGCCAAAGCUGGAACAUAGCAAACAAGUUGCAGGUCACUUCCCUAGGAAGAUUCCCCUAGAAUAGGUUUUGAUGCAGGACAAAAUAACUGCACACAACUCUACAAUUAGUUAUAGAAACUGUAUGCUUCACUGUAGAAGGAGAUGGGAAGACCCUGGUGAAAACUAGACCAGGGGUGGUUGAGAAGUGCCCUAGUAGGAAGGUGAAAAAGCAAGAUGGUAAAACAGUCUGGGUGGAACCAGAAGGGCAAGGGGAUAGUUUUUAGUGACACAAAGGAGGGAAGCCAGCAGUCACCUUUUUCCUUUAGGUGAAGAUGAGAGCCGGUUUCCUCUUACUCUGUUCCUUGCCACUCUGACUCCGCCUAAGCUUGUCUGACUACCAGCUUGCCUGCCUUAUUGACACCAGCAUCCUUGGUCUUGUUAGUACCUCUGACUUAACCAGCAGGGCCACGAUGGGCAUCCUGGAAUAUCGGAGUGUUCAUUUGUAUCCGCUGCGCUGGGAUCCAUCGCAACCUAGGAGUUCACAUUUCCAGGGUCAAGUCUGUGAAUCUCGACCAAUGGACACAAGAACAGAUACAGUGCAUGCAGGAGAUGGGGAACGGAAAGGCAAACCGUCUGUAUGAAGCCUACCUGCCAGAGAACUUCAGGCGACCUCAGACAGAUCAAGCUGUGGAGGGCUUCAUUCGGGAUAAAUAUGAAAAGAAGAAAUACAUGGACCGAAGUAUCGAUAUCGGCAUUUUCAGGAAAGAAAAGGAUGACAAAUGGAAGAGGAGUGGCGAGCCAGCAUCAGAGAAGAAACUGGAGCCCAUAAUCUUUGAGAAAGUGAAAAUGCCUCAAAAGAAAGAAGAAACGCAACAAGCCAGGAAAAGUCCCCCGAAAUCAACUGAACCUGUAGUGGACUUGUUGGGACUUGAUGCUCCUGUGACCAGCACUGUUCCAAAUGGCAGGCCUAGCAGUUUAGAAAAGGAUCUUGACCUCUUUGCCUCUGUGGGAUCAAACUCUGUCUCUGACUCCAGAAAGGUCGUUGGUUCCAUGCCAUCAGCGGGAAGUGCUGGGUCUGUUCCUGAAAACUUGAAUUUGUUUCCUGAGCCAGGGAGCAAAGUGGAGGAGAUAGGAAAGAAACAGCUCUCCAAGGACUCUAUCCUUUCUCUCUAUGGUUCCCAGGCACCUCAGAUGCCCGCUCAAGGUGCAAUGUUCAUGGCCCCUGCUCAGGUGACGUACCCUGCAGCCGCGUACAGUGGUUUUCCAGGCGUCACUCCACCCAGCAACAUGAUGGGAGGCAUGAUGGCACCGCCCGUAGGAAUGAUGCCACAGCCUGGCGCUGCAGGGAUGGUGACUCCUAUGGCCAUACCAGCUGGAUAUGUAGGUAGCAUGCAGGCAGCCGUCAUCGGUGUUCCCAACGGCAUGAUGGCCACGCAGCAAGCUGGGUACGUAGCGGGCAUGGCAGCAGUACCGCAGCCAGUGUAUGGCGUGCAACCAGCACAGCAGCUGCAGUGGAACCUAGCUCAGAUGACCCAGCAGAUGGCUGGGAUGAACUUUUAUGGCGCUAAUGGCAUGAUGGGAUAUGGACAGUCAAUGGGCGGAGGAAGUGCCCAGGGAAGCAAUCAAACCCUCAGCACUCAGAUGUGGAAAUAACCCCCCCUGCGUUCUGACCACUUCUCUGCCUUCGUUCUUGUUUUUUUUUUUUUAACUGCUCCAUGAGACAUUCAGGGUUUUGGGGGUUUUUUUUCCCUUUCUGAUGCUCUGCUCAGCCUGAGCCUCUCUUUCCAUAACUGAGACCCAUCUCUGCCUUGUUUGCUGUCAAUGCUACAGCGAAACAACAGUGGCCAGAACACCACUUGCAGCUCCCCUGCACUCUGCACAGUCAAUGCACGCUCGGAGGAGCCAUCUCUUCCCCCUUGAGCACAGGCACACGGCUUCACUAAUGCUUCUGGGAUCGUCUCUGCAUUCAGAGAAAAGGACGUCCUGGAGAAAUUGUGACUGAAAUAGUGGAUUAAGUAUUUAGUACUGUCUGCACUUACAGGCCUUUUUAGAAAUCACUUAAGCAGUGGUACUAGGUGGGGCAGGGGGCGGGUGGCUAAUGAGGGAAAGCCUUUAUUUGGUGCUGAGGAACGGGAUUUUAAUACAACCCAAACCCUGAGGGGCAAGAGAGUCUUGCCACCUGUGUUUUUUUUUCUUUUCUUCUUUGCUGUGGAGUUGUCUGGAGCUGAGGCCUUGCUGGGCUUGGCUGGUCAACCGUCAUUGGAACCAAAGUCAUUUCGAAGGCCCCUGCUGUGAGCUAGCGGGAUCUCCCACGGCGCGGGGCACAAACCGUUGGGAAUGUGAAACUUGCACUUCUUCAGAGUGGCUUUUUUUUUUUUUCCCCCCUGUCUAAUGUGGUGUUGAUGUAUUUAAAAUGAGCAAGCAAACUUUUAAUGAACUAACCAAGAGAAUUUAAUUUAUCGAGGGCCAAGAGCUUGUCGUAAAGCUUUUUCUUACACUUUAAAAAGUGAUUCUGACAUCCUAAUUUAUACUUUUUUUCAUAUCGCUUUUUUUUUUUUGUUUGUUUCGUUUUGUUCCUAUGUAAUCCCAGUUCCUGGCUAUCUCUUGACCUUCUGGUCUCUAAGUAUAGAAAAGUGGGUGCGUCAGACUCUUUCUUUUCUUUCCAUCCCAUCCACAUCCCUAGAAAACAUUCGCUUGAAAGACUUCAUCAGUGUGAAAUAAAAAAAAAAAGUGAGACGCUCUCGGUUUACUUUAUCCUGUGUAUAUGUAAAUUCCUUAAUAAAAUAUUGCAGUGAAACAUCA